AUGCCCGUAGCCCCAGGACCUAGUCGGCGAUUCGUGCUCCUCCUCAUCGGCGUCUCGGCCUUCCUCGCAUUCACAUUCGUCUUCUCUUUCCGCUCCCAUGAAGCUGGUGUCAGACAUCCCUUAGCUGGAGGAAGAGGUGGAAAUCCGACUGAAGUCGUCGAUGCCAAGUUCGCUAAUCUCGACCGACUCGAGCUACAAGACUCGACUCUAUCCGGACAUGUGAUCGCCCCCAAGCUCGGCAACGAAACGGCNAAAGUACGUUUCUUCAGAGCCGAACUUGGUCGUGCAGCAUGGAAGCUCUUCCAUACGACUUUCGCCCGCUUCCCUGACAAGCCCACGGCCGAAGAAAGCUCUGCCCUGAACGCAUACAUUCACUUGUUCCAGCGAUUGUACCCAUGCGGCGAAUGUGCCGGUCACUUCCGAACGAUCCUCGACAAAUUCCCUCCCCAAGUCUCAUCACGAUCAGCAGCAGCAGCCUGGGGUUGCCAUGUCCACAACGAGGUCAACAAGUCCCUAAAGAAAGAGAUGUUCGAUUGUUCCAACAUUGGUGACUUCUAUGACUGCGGAUGUGCCGAUGGUGAGGCACCAGAAGAGGGGGACAAGAAAGAGAUCACACAGGCAAGGAAGAAGUUUGANCCCCCAGAAGACGUUCCUCUGAAGCUGGAACAAGAUGGGUGA